CAAAUGAAUUUACAAUCAGUAUUUUAAAGGCAGCUUGCUUCCAAAGCAGACAGCAGAUAGCUGAACAUUAAUCGAGGUUUCCGUUCUAAUGGCAACAAAAUCAAAAUUGGAACUUGGUUUCUUCCAAUUUCUAUAUAUUCCUGAGCUUAUGGAGGGUGGUGGAGAAGAAAAUUUCUUGGAAUCGGAUGCCAGGUAUGCUGAAGAAUUACAGUAUCAGGAGGUUUUGAAAAUCUCUACAGACAAUUCUCAACUAAUGACCGACAACAACCACCUACCAAGUGCAGCAGACAGCCGAGAGACAACAGGAGAAUUCGGUGAGUCCUCGCAGGGCUACUGUGAAAUUUGUGUUGAAAAAAAAGAGAAUCAUCAGAUGAUCAGAAUUGGGAGCUGUUUUCACUCCUUUUGUUCUGACUGCAUAUGCCGGCAAGUCAGGCGAAGAAUUGAGGUUGGCAGAACCACGAUUACAUGUCUGGGGGAGAACUGCAAAGCUGUCUUGGAGCUUGAAGAUUUCAGGCCUUUGCUUGCUAAAGAAGUAAUCAGUCUUUGGGAAGAUGCUCUGUGCAGGGAAAUGAUUCCUCACUCGGAGAGGAUUUUCUGUCCUUUCGAGGAUUGUUCGGCCAUGUUCGUGAUUGAUAACGAAGGAGGAGAUAUCAGGCAAUCCGAGUGCCAAUUUUGCCACAGAUUGUUCUGUGCAAAGUGUGGGGUUCCAUGGCAUUACGGGAUGAGAUGUGAGGAAUAUGGGAAGCUGGAUGAGGAUGAGAAAAACAAAGAUGAUCUCAUGAUGAGGAAACUUGCUGAGGAGCAAAAAUGGAUUCGGUGUCCCCGAUGCAAGUUCUUUGUGGAAAGAAUAGAUGGUUGCCCUCAUAUGAUUUGCAGGUGUGAAUUCCAAUUUUGUUAUCUCUGUGGAAAAGAUUGGACAGGGGAUCAUGUUUGUUGUCAAGGAAACUGAGACUAUGAUCCAUGGAAAGUGUAAGAAAAUGGAAUUAGCUGUAAUUUUGUUAUGAAGUUUGAUGGCGUCUCUAGAGUUUCAAAGUGGGAAGCAUUAGAGCGUGUACAUUUGAAGCUUUAUACGAUGUGUUCUUUCCCAAAAAUACAACAAAACUUUUUAACAGCCACGUUGAAGAAUCUUAAAAAAGUGAAUUUUGUUCUCUGAACCCAACAUGUUCUAUUCUUGGUUUUAUUCAUUUUAAAAUGAAAUUAAAGCACUUCC